AAUUAUACGUCACUGAUGAAGUGGCAGUGAUGGAGGCCAGUCCGGAAUCAACAGCGAAUUCACUGCUGAAAGAUGAGUGCUACACUGAUUUCCUUAAAGAGGAUUUCGAUGUGAAGACGUACACAGCUCAAGCCAUUCAUCAUGCUGUCAUUGCAGAGCAGCUGGCAAAGCUGGCAGAGGGCAUCAGUCAGCUGGACAAAGAGCUGCACUGCCAGGUAGUGGCCAGGCAUGAGGAUCUACUAGCUCAGGCAACAGGGAUCGAAUCUCUCGAAGGUGUCUUACAAAUGAUGCAGACCAGAAUUGCAGCUCUCCAGAGUGCUGUGGACAGGAUAAGAACCAAAAUCGUUGACCCUUACAAUAAGAUUGUGUCGCGGACAGCCCAGCUCGCCCGCUUACAGGUGGCGUGUGACCUGUUGAGGAGGAUUAUUCGCAUCCUGUACCUGAGCAAACGGCUGCAGGGGCAACUGCAGGGGGGCAGCAGAGAGAUCACUAAAGCUGCCCAGAGCCUCAAUGAGCUGGAUUACCUGUCCCAAGGUGUUGAUCUGUCAGGUAUUGACGUCAUAGAAAAUGACCUGCUGUUCAUCAGUCGAGCUCGUCUGGAGGUGGAGAACCAAGCCAAACGGUUACUGGAGCAGGGCAUGGAAAUUCAGAAUCCGUCUCAGGUGGGAACGGCCCUACAGGUGUUUUACAACCUCGGCAAUCUAAGAGAGACCAUAAGAAGUGUGGUGGAUGGAUACAGGACAUCUGUGCAGGAGAAUGUUGUUAAUGCCCUUGACAUUAAAGUCCUCACUCAACCUGCCAACACCAGAGGUGCCCCUGGCAGAGCCGUCAUGCCCACUCCAGGGAACACAGCUGCAUUUCGAGCUGCCCUUUGGACAAAUUUAGAGAAACUAAUGGACCAGAUCUGUGCUGCAUGUGGUCAGGUGCAGCACCUGCAGAAGGUUCUAACCAAAAAGAGGGACCCAGUGUCUCAUGUGUGCUUUAUUGAUGAGAUUAUCAAGGAUGGGCAGCCUGACAUCUUGCACGCCUUCUGGAGUUCAGUCACUCAGACGCUUUCCGAGGAGCUGCAGAAAGCCACAGCUGCAUCAACCUUCCUGAAGCAGGCCCUGGAGGGAGAGUAUCCCAAACUCUUGAGGCUUUAUAAUGAGCUAUGGAAGAGGCUGCAGCAGUACAGCGCAAGCAUACAGGGGGUGCUUGUGAGCAGUGGUGCAGGUCUAGAUGUGGAACUGCCAGUGUCAGAGCAUGAUACUGAAGAUCUGUUCACUCGGACCAAACCAGACUACGAUCCAGAGAAGGACCUGAAGAACUCCCUUCAGCCAUAUGAAGCAGCUUACCUGUCCAAGUCUCUGUCCCGCCUCUUUGACCCCAUCAAUCUUGUGUUCCCUCAAGGGGGCCGAAACCCACCCUCUAAUGAUGAACUUGACAGCAUCAUAAAAACAAUAGCCAGUGAGCUGAAUGUUGCAUCGGUGGAUUCCGGCCUGACGAUCGCAGUAGCCAAGAACGCCGCCAAGACUGUGCAGCUUUUCUGCGUCAAGUCAGAGCAGUUGCUGUGUACACAAGGGGAUGCCAGUCAGGUGAUCGGACCCCUGACGGAGGGUCAGAGAAGAAAUAUUGCCGUAGUGAACUCUCUGUUCCGCCUACAGCAAUCUGUGGUUAAAGUUAUAUCUGGACUGGGUACCUUCCCUCCUGCAGCAGAGCAAUCGCUCACAGCAUCUUUAGAGUCAGUUCAGGCUCUGAUGAGUAGUGCCGUUCAGCCACUGCUAAAUUCUGUUACCGACUCUGUCGAAGCAAUACUCAUUACUAUGCACCAGGAGGAUUUCUCUGGUUCUUUACCAGCAGGUGGCCGUCUGGACGUGCUAUGCUCUCUGUACAUGCGUGAGCUGCAGGGCUUCAUCGCACGCGUGAUGAACGACUACUUCCGUCCGCUGCAGUGUCUGGACUUCCUGUACGAUAGUACGGAGCACAUCGCCCAGCGCGCCAUCACCCUCUUCAUCCGCCACGCCAGCCUCUUGCGCCCACUCAGUGAGGGAGGGAAGAUGAGGUUGGCGGCUGACUUUGCUCAGUGUUUCAGACCGCUGCUGUUUCAAACGAGUGAGCACAUCGCUAGCAGUCAAGCGCUGGGAGAUUUGAUUCCAUACAGCACCAUAUUGCAUUUCCUGUUCACUCGUGCCCCGGCUGAACUCAAAUCACCACAUCAGAGAGCGGAGUGGUCGAUCUCUCGCUAUUCUCAAUGGCUGGAUGACCAUCCAUCAGAGAAGGACCGUCUUGCUCUUAUUAGGGGUGCUCUGGAAGCUUUUCUUAAUUACAGCAGUGUCCGAGCCAGGCAGGGGAAGGAGUUUGCCCCGGUGUAUCCCAUCAUGCUCCAGCUGCUGCAGAAGGCCACGAGCGUGUCGUAGGAUCUGCAAACACAGCCCUGUCUCAUCAGAAUAAUGUAGACAGUUCGUCAUAAGAAUACACUCGUCUUCACCAAAAGAAGUCUUUAUUAUAUUUCAUAAGAUUAUUAUGAUUGUCGGAAACUAAUAUGUAUAGGUUUACGAUGUAUUUUUUAUGGGUUGUUUGGUUACUACUGGCUUUAAAUAUAUCUACCUUCUUAACCAAGUACAUGAAGACAUGAAUACAAAUAUUCAUAAAUGUGUUUUGCUGGGUGCAGCAGAGUGAAAAAUGAAUUACUAAACACAUUAUGUAAAUGUGUAAAUGCUGAUUAAAGAAUAUCUCAUGA